GAAUAAACUACUGGGAAAGCUGGCGAGAUUCUCAUGAUAAUAACACUAAGAUACGUUUUAACAUUAAUAUUAGCUUCUCUAACCUGAUACUGCUCGAAACAAGUGUUAUACAAGUGUAUAGAGACUGUUUCUGGCGUGUAAAUGUAUAUAAAAACAAAUACAAAUAAUUUCGCGGUGAGUCAGUGAUCAGUUACGCCCACUUCCGGGAAUUCCUACGUCACGGGCUUACCUGGAAAGGUAACUGGAGACCUGGCCACCACAGGGUGAGGAAAGCGAAAGUGCUGAGCCAUGUCCAUGCCGUGGCGUUCCCUGUUCCUCGUGCUGGUUGGAGUUUUUCUGUGUGCAGCAGAUCUGAAGAAAUACGACUCACAAGACACCAUCGCCUGUUCUCAGGGUCUGAAACGAUGCAGAGUCAUUAAUAAGAACUAUGUGGUUCCUCCACGUGAUUUCGGCCCGGUGGAAGUUUUGGCUUUCAGUGUGGAGCCUGCUCUCUGCCUCAAAGCAACGCAGAUGUACGGAGCGUGUCUCCAGAUCCGAAUCCAACUCCAAAUCCUUCCCGAUGAUGAUGUUAGUGGAGAAACACCAGAAGACUCUGACGAUGAAGAUCGUGCAGCUGCUAUAACACUGUUCUACGUGUCUGCACCAAAUCUUAUGUCCUGCAAGAGGAUUGACUUUAUCGUGAAAUCUGAUGCACGGAAGAACCAAGAAAAAUCUGAGGUCAUGGUGGUGGUGUAUGAAGGCGUGUUCCUGGGCAGCUCUGUGAAUGUCACAGUGAACAGGAUGUCUCAUGUGGUUCACUUCCCACAGCAUAACUCAGUGUGUCCUUCCCCUCAUAUAGAGGAAUGUAAAACUCCCAGAAUCUUCCCCAAGUUCGAUGAGUCCAGAGGAGUGGUGGAACUGAAAGCUGAACUUGAGGAGUUGCUGCUGAUGUGUAUGAAACGGAAAGGGAUGACCUCGUGUUGGCCGAGCAACUGGACCAUCCCGCUGCACGCCGUCACACACUGCAUGUGUUUCCAGGCUUGGAAGAAAAACACAGAAAAUGAAAAAUCUUACCGGUCUGAAAUUUGCCCCUUUGAGAAUCACGAAGGGAUCAGAAGGAAUGCGGUGAAGAACGUGUCCCUCUCUGUGAGACACACUGAGACGAAUGAAGGUCGUCCAGCUCUGAGCUGGAACAUGAGCGCCCCCUGCAGGCUGGAGGCCGAGGUGUGGCCUUGCCAGAUGGCCGUGUCUCUGGGCGGAGGCUGCAGGGAAGUGCCCGGCUUCAGGCAGAACAUCAGCACAGGGUGGGAAGAGAACAUCAGCACAGUGUGGACAUCAGGCGCAUUUCUGGACAUUAGAACUACAAACAACCUGCUACCUUGUGUGAUGUUUAAGGUGGAUGGAGAAAUGUUCGGCCCUGUGUGUGAGCGCUACGCCCAUAGGGGGCGCUGGAUCUGCCUGGUGUUUGUGAUGCUGCUGGUUUUCGUCCUGCUCGCAGUAGGAGUGUUUGUGGUCAGAUACAAGCUCAAAGAGUGCCUUUCAAACUCCAACCCAAAGCUUCAGUCUCGAGGCCUCCAUGGUGAAGUGCUGCUCGUGCACUCGUCUGGUUCCGAUUCAUCUCUCUCAGACACCGUGUGCUGGUUUGCUACUUGCCUUUCUGAGCUCGGGUUCUCUGUCUCUCUGGAUCUGUGGAAUCAGGCGGCCGUGAGCGCUGUGGGUCCGACUCCGUGGCUACACUCGCGGCUCCAGCACGUCCAGAAGCAUGGCGGCAAAACCCUGCUGCUGCUCUCGCACGACGCCGUGCUCCGAGCCAGGGCCUGCUAUGAAAGCUGGAGCGGUGUGUUGAACAAAGAAGACGUCAAGGCGAGCAGUACGUCCUGGCUGUGGAACUCUGAUGUCUUCAGUUCGGCUCUCAGCUCCCUUUUCUCCGCUCACCUGAAGGGCGGCGCCGCUGAGCACUUCGCUCUGGUGCAGUUGGAGUCAGAGGCAUUUGACAUGCCGGAGCUGUUUCAAGGCCUGAGACUCUAUCAGCUGCCCUCAGAGUCUCAGCGGCUUCUCACCGAUCUCCACACCGGGCACACGGGAAGCGUUGGAGCUCGACUCAAGAGGUUCCUCUGGACCUGGAGAGCCUCGGCGACGCUGAAGAAGAGGCUGAGGAACUGUGAGAAAGAGCGCCGGUCACGCACAGAGUCCACGCUCACGCAGGUCGACUCGCUGAGCAUGGAGAAGGAGAUGGAAGAGGAGACACUCCCUUUGCGUAUUUAACUCAGACUUUACCUCACAUAGCAGGAAUGAAGCUAACAAUCCUGUGUUCACUAGUGAAAUGAAGUCCAUACACCACGUACACAUGAAGGAAGAAAACAUUAACACGUCUGAUUUGUUCACCUCUGUGGUGAACUCUGUAUCAGUUCCAAAGUGAAAAUGUUUCUGUAUUUUUUCCACCAUUUUCUUCUAAGGCUAUAUUUGUGAGUAGAUGGUGUCAUGUAAUAUCGUGAAUUAGGAAUCUUCACUCCUGUACAGAAACUGAGCUGAUUCUUUCCUGCUUCCUCAGCUUCUUUGCUCCUGAGCGACCGUGAUUCAAAAGUGAAUCUAGCGAGCAGUCUGAGCAUUUUAUCUACACAGUUUUAUAGCAGGAGCUCGUGUUUAGUCAUGGUGAGCAGUUCUGGACUAGGACUGCAAUGUUUACAGCACUGAGUGUAGAUGUAGACGUCUACAUGUAAUUAAUGAGCCUGUAGCCGCCAUGGUGCCGUCAGUUAAAUGUGAAGACAGGAAAAUUGGAGAUCCUUUAUGAUCCAGUGUGACUUUUUAACCCAGCUGCACUACGGCCGGAGCAGAACUGCAGGCGAGUGCACAGAAACGUUGAACUGUUUACACUAGUUUUGACUCCACAGUCCCUAAAAUUAUGAACAUGGAUGAAAUGCACCCAAUGACAUUACUGACCCGUGACUUGUGUAAAACACAACUUAUUGGGAAAUAAUGCUACUCCCUUUCCACAAAAUAUUGAAAAAUUGUUUACAUUUCAGGGAGAAGUAUAAAAUGAGUUUUUUGUAGCAUAAAACUAUAAUUAGUUUAAGGAUAAAUAUUUCUUAAAACUAAACCGGGUUAAUACAUAUUAAGUGCCAGAUCUUUAGUAUGCCAAAGAAUAUUUGAACAUUUACCUCCAUGCUGGCUGAAGCUUUAAGCAUCACCUCAGUGACACAGGAAGACUUUAUGGACUAGGCGUGGGUAAUAUGACGAAUAUCAUCUCUCAGUAUUUGAAGACAUUUAUACAAUACAUGAUAUUUUUCAGUUUGCUAACAAACUACCAGCAAAACAGUAGUGCUGCUUUUAAAAACUGAGUUUAAUGAUACUUUAAUUUAAUAACUACAAUAAAUUAUUUAGCCUUUAAUCUUUAGACCUUUAGUCUGUAUAAUUUUUAAAGAUUUGGUACAAAAUUUUUACAUAAAAUCAGCUGUUCCGAAUCUGCUUUUUAAUUAUUUAAACAUUUUUUAAACCAGUUGCGAUACCUUCAUACUUAUGUGACACAAUUUAUCAAAAUAUCAGCAUUAUAUCGUCACAUCGCCCAGCCCUAUUGUGGAAUUUUAAAUAUAAACCUAAAAUCAAUGCACAUUAGGCGCCAUGUGCCAAUAAUCAGUAAAACAAUAUCCUAUGAAUGCCAACGUGCGCAGUGUCGUUAUUAUGAGCAUUUAAAAACCUCAGGUGUGCCAUUCAGGAGGCUGGUCAGUUACACAGCGUGUUUGCACAUUUCCUAAAGUUCCUUAUCUUGAACAGUUUUGAAAAUUGUAAACCCGCAAUUCUGAUCCAUAAAGGACAUUAGCUAAAAGAGGCUGAGGUAGGAGUUAUUUAGUUCAGUAUUGGGGUAACCUCGUAACUGUGUUAGAAAGUUUGGAAAUAUAAAAAUGGAAGAGAUCUGUUUGGUCCACAAUUGAAUUUACACACUUUUCCCCAAAGUUAGUGGAUCAGCUGAGACACAUUCUGUGUGUGGCGUUUGCUGCGUAAGUUUUGCGCUGGAGCUAGGUUAAUGUAAAUAUAAUUUGUGUACAUUUGUAUUUUUUUCCUGCCAAAUGAUUUAGAGCAUAUCUACUAUUAUCACACUCAAACACAUCCAGUUUGACCUCACCGGUUUGGCGUCAGCGUUCAGAGCUGAUGACGAUGGACUCUGACCUUCAGCAGUAAACACUGCUGCGCUCUGAUUUUGGUCGUGUCUGUACAUUUAUUUGUUUUGUUGGAAGAAAAUAAAAUGCACUUUGUCCUGCAGAUGAAGGCUGAUUAAAGUUUGCUUAGACUGCAAAUUCAAGCUACAUCACAAUUUUUUUUUACUGAGGUAUAAGAGCAAUAAGGAGAAAAAACACACAAUUUAGCAGAUGUAGCUCUGAUCAUCAGCCUCCUGGGGUUUCAGUCUCAAAUACCUGAAAAUAUCUGUAAGAUGUGCACUUAUUCAGAGAAAGAGAGAGAACGAGAGAGAGAGAGAAUUUUUUUUUAAAUCUUUUCCAGGGUAAACUUGUAAAUGCUGUAUAUGUACAUGUAUAUUCAUAUUCAUAUAUAAUUAUUGCAUAUUAUAUAAUCUAUAUGUACAGUGUAUCUGAAUGUGUCAAAUAUAUCUGUGUAUCAAAUGAUAGUGUAAGAUUAAUAAUUGUGUAUUGUUUGAAAAGUGUUUAAUCUUCUAAUAUUUACCUCCUGUUUAUUUAAUAAACACAUAAUGAAGACAUAAGGAUUGCUGA